AUGUAUAGCACUGUCAUCCUUGGUGUUGCGUCUGCGAUUAUUCACGGCGUAGCAGCUGUGAGUGUUUCUGGUGCUGCUGAGGGAUUCGCCAAAGGCGUUACAGGAGGUGGAAGCGCUACUGCAGUGUAUCCAACCACCACCGAUGAGCUUGUUUCGUACCUGGGAGACUCGGAAGCUCGCGUGAUUGUUUUGGACCAGACUUUCGAUUUCACGGGCACCGAAGGUACCACGACUUCCACUGGAUGUGCUCCUUGGGGCACCGCAUCUGCUUGUCAGGUUGCUAUUAACCAGAACGACUGGUGCACUAAUUACGAACCGGAUGCCGCCUCUGUAUCUGUUACAUAUGAUAAUGCUGGACAGCUCGGUAUCACAGUUGCAUCAGACAAGACACUCUUGGGAUCAGGAUCAAGUGGUGUCAUCAAAGGUAAAGGGUUGAGGAUUGUCAGCGGUGCAAGCAACAUUAUCAUCCAGAAUAUUGCUAUUACAGACAUAAACCCUAAGUACGUCUGGGGAGGUGAUGCUAUCACUCUCAACGAUGCUGACCUGGUCUGGAUCGACCACGUAACCACUGCCCGUAUCGGUCGGCAACAUUUGGUACUUGGAACGGAAGCAGACAAUAGAGUGACAGUCUCAAAUUCCUAUUUUGACGGAGUCAGCGACUAUAGCGCGACAUGUGAUGGAUAUCACUACUGGGUCAUCUACCUAGAUGGCUCUAGUGACCUUGUCACUCUCAAGGGCAACUACAUAUACCAUUUCAGUGGUCGCGCCCCCAAGGUCCAGGGCAAUACCCUUCUCCAUGCGGUCAACAACUACUGGUACGACUCCAGUGGUCACGCUUUUGAGAUUGGUUCUGGAGGGUACGUUCUCGCAGAGGGAAACGUUUUCCAAAACGUCGGCACAAUCGUGGAAUCGCCGGUUGACGGGCAGCUAUUUACCUCUCCAUCGACGAGCGAAAAUGCCGUCUGCGAAACGUAUUUGGGACGCGCUUGCGUUGUCAAUGGAUUCGGCAGCUCUGGUACUUUUGACCAGACAGAUAGUUCUUUCCUUUCCGAUUUUGAGGGUAAGAAUAUCGCGUCGGCCUCGGCGUAUACUGAUGUGCAAAGCUCAGUGCCAUCAGGCGCUGGGCAGGGCAAUCUUUAA